CCAGCCCCCAACUGCCAGCUGUCAGGGGCAUGCUGGGAGGGCUCGCCCCUCAGUCCAGGGGGAGACCGGGGACCAUGGUCUGGUGCUGGUGCUGUCUGUGCUGUGCAGUGACCUUCGGGAUAUUAACCCUAAAAUAUCAGUAUUCUAGUGAAAAGAGGUCUCCCCAGCCUGAGACUGGGCCUACUCAUUUCUCCGUGGAGGGCCAGAAGGCAGAGUAAAGGAUGAGCUUGCGACAAGCUCUUCAUGGCUCAAAAGCGCCAGAAACCCGCACCAUCUACAUCAACGAUCCCCUUAGGAACACUUUCUGCAAAAACUCGAUCAGCACAACCAAGUACAGCUUGUGGUCGUUCCUCCCACGAUACUUGUAUCUUCAGUUCAGCAAAGCUGCCAACGCUUUCUUUUUGCUCAUCACUGUAUUGCAGCAAAUUCCAGACGUGUCUCCGACAGGAAAAUACACAACCCUCGUGCCUUUGUUGGUUAUUCUUAUUAUUUCAGGCAUCAAAGAGAUCUUGGAAGAUUAUAGACGACAUAUGGCAGACAAAAUAGUUAAUGCAAAGAACGUAAUAGUGUUAAGACAGAAUUCAUGGUACAAGCUUACAUGGCAAGAGGUAAAUGUGGGCGAUAUUGUGAAGGCCUGCAACAGGGAGUUCCUUCCUGCAGACUUAGUCCUGAUUUCUUCCAGUGAACCUCAGUCUAUGUGUUAUAUAGCAACAGCUAAUCUGGAUGGAGAGACAAAUCUAAAGAUACGACAGGCUUUGUCAGAAACAGCUGAAAUGAAAACGGAAAAGCAGUUGUUAGACCUCGCUGGAAGACUAGAAUGUGAAGGACCUAAUCGUCAUCUUGAUAGCUUUUCUGGAACUUGGUGGCUAAGGGAUAAAAGCCCUUUUCCAAUUGGGCCUGACCAGUUCUUGCUAAGGAGCACACAGCUUAUAAAUACUCAGUGGAUCAUUGGCAUAGUUGUCUACACUGGGUUUGAAACCAAAUUCAUGCAGAAUUCUGUCAAAUCUCCUCUUAAGAAAUCAAGCGUUGAGAAAGUGAUGAACGUGCAGAUCCUCAUCUUGUUCCUGCUGCUCGUGGUCAUGGCCGUGGUGAGCUGUGUGGGAGCCAUAGUCUGGAACAAGUUGUAUGGUGCAGACACUUGGUACAUGUGGCAGGAUCCCACCUCCAACAGCCUCGUGUUUGAUGUGCUGGUGUUCAUCAUCUUGUACCACAACCUCAUCCCCAUCAGUCUGCUGGUCACCCUGGAAUUUGUGAAAUACACUCAGGCCCAGUUUAUAAACUGGGAUGAAGAUAUGCAUUAUAAAGUGAAUGAUGUCUACGCCAUGGCCAGAACAUCUAAUCUCAACGAAGAACUUGGGCAGGUAAAAUACUUAUUUUCUGAUAAAACAGGAACCCUCACUUGCAAUAUGAUGAUAUUUAAGAAGUGUACCAUUGCAGGUAUAAUUUAUGGACAGACACCUUCUUACGCCACAGAAUCCUCUGAAUUUGAUGGCUCCCUAUUACUGAAUAACAUUGACAAUGGCCAUCCCACAGAACAAUACAUAAAGGAAUUUUUGACCCUGCUAUGCGUGUGCCACACUGUUGUCCCCGAGAGAGAUGAUCACGACAUAGUCUACCAGGCAUCCUCCCCAGAUGAAGCAGCUUUGGUGAAAGGAGCAAAAAGACUUGGCUUUGUCCUCACUACAAGGACGCCGUACUCUGUCACCAUAGAAGCUGUGAGUAGCACCCCAGCCACCUGUUGA